AUGCAUGGCCUGCUGAAGAUUGGGCAUCUUCAGCUGCUGCUAGACUUCAGCCUGGUGGACCUGGACCUGUCCCAUGUGAGCAAGAACAUGGGCACCGUCAUGAACACAAUCGUCAAUAGGUGUGUGCACCUGCGCCAUCUGGACCUGUCCGGCAACGUGAAGCUGCCGCUUCAGGGCCAGAUCGCGCUCUUCUCCACGGCCCGCCAGCUGGAGAGCAUCAACCUGGCCAGCACCAACACCUCGGACCGCGUCAUGUCCGUGAUCGGCGCCUACUGCCUCCAGCUCAGGGAGCUGAACGUGGCGCAGUCGGGCGUGACGGACCUGGGCCUCACCUCCCUGAGCACGGCCGCCCUCUCCGAGUCCAGCGGCGCCGGCGCCUCCAUCGUCUCCCUCAACGUGGACGGCUGCAGCGUCUCGGCACAGUCGGCCUACGCCGUCCUCAACACCAUGCCCAACAUCACCAGUCUGCAUCACCCGGAGACGGUGGUGGGCGUCGAGCAGCUGCUGCUGCGCCGGCCGGAGCGAGCGCCGCUGGCCCUCACCGAGCUGCACGGCUCGCUCAGCCUGGAGAGCUGUGACGAGUUCAGUCUGGACUCGGCGCUCCGGCUGGUGGUGCAGUGCACGCUGCUGGAGGAGCUCGGGCUGCGCCGCACCGUGGCGGAAAACGGCUGGCGGCUGACCAUCGACUGGCUCUGA